AUGAAACAUUCCAGCGAAGCAGAUGGACAAGCUUCAGACGACUUGUUUGAUCAAUACUAUUCUGCAUCUGCUGUGAAAUUGGGCAAACGGGGACUAGACAAUUGCGAUCGUCAUGAUGACAAUGAGGAGCAACAAGCUACUGUUGAAAGUCGCAGUAAACGUGUCAGAACAUCCAGUCACCCAGAUCAACCCACUCCACCAUUGUCUACAAGUGGCGAUGAUAUAAUAGAUCGAAAUAAUGAAACUCGGGAACUCGCUGAUGAUGAUUUGGAAUCGACUAUACGAAACGAAACACAUCAUAUGAACGUAGAUGAUAGACAGGAGGAGUUACCGACUGCAUCGAGACCAAGACUACAGUUCAAUGAUGAUGAUAUGCAGGAGGAGCUACCAACUGCAUCGAAACCUAGACUUCAGUUUACCGAUGAUGAUGAAGAGGAUGAUGUAAAGAUGCAAGUACAGUUCGAUCAGAAGAUACCGAAACAAGGAGCAUUGAUACACAAUAGCAGCAGACUACAAUAUCAUGAAGACGAAGAUGAAGAGCCCAUACCUCGGCGUCAGAAUAUAAGAAGUAUAGUGCCAGAAGAUGAACCACCAGACUUUGAUAUGGACGGAUUCAAUGAAGAAGAUCUCGACGAACCUGCUCCUCCUCCUCCUCCAAAACGCCCACGGGUCAUCCAAGAGGAAUAUGACGAUGAGCUACUCGGUAUCCCCGAUGAACCAACUGCUCAAAAACCUGCAGCACUACAACGACUCCCAACCAGACUCACGAAAUCAAAAUAUAAACCAAAGACAACUACACUACCUGUCGCUUCUACAAAGUCGAAUACUAUUAAUACGAUAUUACGUAAAGACUAUACAUAUUUACCAGCUAAUAUUGUAUCAUAUGUGGGUGGUAACGCUACAUCAGGACGACGAUUAUACUUUCCACGAAAGACGAUGUCUGAAGCCUUGGCGUAUUCGACCACAACAACUACUACAGCACACAAUGUUGGUCCUAGUAAAACAGGCGGUCGUGUGGGACCAUUACUGUCAUCCAAUAUAUAUCGUCUUAUGGAUGAGAUUGAGGCAGAACAAAAGGCUCAAGCUUUGGAAGAAUCGUUGCAACUGCCUGUGGUUGUAAAGAAGCCUCCACUCAAACCGGAUGCGGGAACGUUGUGGGUGGAUAAGUAUGCACCAAAGAAGUAUAUAGACCUUGUUGGUGACGAGCGUGCUAAUCGAGAAGUGUUGAUGUGGGUCAAGGAUUGGGAGUUUUGUGUGUUUGGUAAACCUGUACGAAAUCGAGAUGCAGCAAAGGAUGGCAACAAGUUUGGUGGACGCUCUGCUGCUCAGUUUCAAAAGUUUGAGGAACCUCCAGAUCGACUCAAACGACCACGUAAAAAGAUUUUGCUGUUAUCGGGACCUCCUGGUCUAGGCAAAACCACAUUGGCUCAUGUGGUUGCAGAGCAUUGUGGGUAUCGAUGUGUGGAGAUCAAUGCCAGUGAUACUCGAACUGAAGGUGCUUUGAGAAAUAAACUGCUACAUUCGAUUGACUCACAAUCUGUUAUGGGAGACCGCAGACCUAAUUUGGUUGUUAUUGAUGAGAUUGAUGGAGCUAGUCAAGCUAGUGCUGGCGAUGCGACUUUCAUGUCGUUCCUGACUGAUCUGGUUACUUCGACGGAAGGUCCCAAAAAGCAAGCAUUCAAGAAGAAGAAGAGUGCGAAGCCCUGGGUACUGCAGCGACCAAUAAUUUGUAUCUGCAAUGAUAUGUUUUCGGCAGUCUUGAGACCAUUACGAAUGAUUGCUCAUAUGGUUAUGCUACCUGUACCACCAGUCAAACCCAUCGCACGUCGAUUGACAGAUAUCUGUCGGUGGGAAAUCAUCAAGAUUGAUACACGAGCCCUGAAUUUACUCGUUGAUACAUCAGAAGGAGAUAUUAGAUCAUGUCUUCAUACUCUACAAUUCUUGCAAUAUCAAAAACUAGCUCAGCAAGAACAACAUAACAAAGACAAGAUUACUGUUAUGGAUAUUCAAGGAUUAGAUGUCGGUCAUAAAGAUAUUCGGAAGGGACUCUUCCAAGUCUGGGAUGAAGUCUUUUGCAAGAAUGUUGGUAAACAAAAGCUUGGAGGAGGACGUUCUAAAACUACUGGGCAUGAUUUGGGAAUGACAAUGAGGGAAGAAGGAGUUGGUGCUGAGGGUGUGUCGAAUACUGCCAAUUUGAUUGACAGUCAGCAGACACAUCAUCUCAUCGCAAAUAUUCGGUCUAACGGCGAUUAUGACAAGAUAAUGGAGGGAAUCUUUGAGAAUUAUUUACGAACACGUAUUCUCGAUACCACAUCAUCAGCAGAUACUGUUGGAGCUCCGCGAUCCAAGAUUGAAGAAGCUCUCGAAUGGAUGUCCUUUUACGAUACAAUGGAGCACCGUGUUAAUAGAAGGCAACAAUGGGAAUUAUCUGCAUAUCUACCGUAUCCAGCUGUGAUGUUUCAUCGACUGUUUGCAAAUGCACGAGGAUUGGAACUCACGUUUCCCAAACGUGAUUAUGAUAACUAUAUCGCACGCAGAACCCAUACAGACAUUAUCAGAGCGUUUGAAGGUGCUCUACCUCCAAAUUUUAGACAAAUGUGGCACUCUACACAUGAUAUUGCACUAUUGCUGCGACCAAUGCUCACGUCCAUCUUAAAUAUUGGUGACAAGAAUGGUAUUCCUCGUGUGGCUGAUAUUUGUGCUUCAUUUGGGUUGAGGUUUGCUGCCGAGAAACUGGAUGAUCAUGGUGGUCUCGUGAAUCGAUUGGAACCGCCUAUAGACAUUUUGGCUUUACCCUCACAUGACUCACAAAGAGCUGUUGCUAAUGACUCUAGCAAACGAUUGCUAACUGGAUCUUCGGCUAUGCGUACCCUUGCAAAUAUUGAGAUUGAAAAGGCACUUGUGAGGUUACGAGCUCCUCAACCUGGAUUCUCUCCUCAAGCGGGCUUGCCACCUGUGCUUCCAAAGACAUAUUCCAGGCAGAGGAAGGAAGCCACUUUGGCUGCUGCCGCAGCUAUUGCGCCGACCACAGACUUUUUCGGUCGUGUACUUAUCUCGUUACCAAUGGAUCUGGACAACAUGAUGGAUGAUGCACCUAUGGAAGUGAUGAAAGUUCGAUUCAGAUAUAAUGAGGGUGUCUCGAAUGCUGUACGUAAAGUGGUGAAGGUCAGGGACUUUCAUUGA